AUGACAACCGCAAGGCUGAUCCUGCAAUCGUGUCCCAAUGAAAUGCUUCAAGGGAGCGACGAUCAAGCGAGUAAAAUUCGUAAGCGGAGAAACAGGACGGAGGAGACUGGUUGGAUCUUCAAGAAAAUUAUCGAACGCAGGACAUGCCUACGUGCAAUGAUCGCUGCUAGGAGUUUGCGCGUCAAGCCUGCGAUCAUCUUUGGAGAGCUCCGCAGCCUUAGCAGACUAAGAGGGGAAACACCCUGGCCGGUGGGUCGCGGGCUGGGGUUUGCACUACGGAGUGCGUACACCCUGUCGAACAUCUCAAAGUAUGAAAUCAACAACGAAUCAUCGGUGGCUUUGGUCGAGGGAGAGGAUGCUGAGCAAUAG